AUGGUUCCACCAAUAAUUCAAAAAAUUUUACCAGUUUUUAAUUUUUUUAUUGCAUCAACAGCAUUAGGUUUUCAAGUUACAGUUCUAUAUCCAUGGCAUAAUCAAUUAGAAAAAGAUUUUGAAGGUUUACAACAUCAACAAGAAACAAAAUUACACGAAUAUCAUGAAUUAAGAAUGCAAAAUAUUAAAAAUAUAGAAACAUAUUUAAGUAAAUUAAAUCUUAAACAAUUCGAAGAAGAAGUUGACAAUCAACAAAAACAAAUGUAA